AUGAACAGACUUUCCCCAGAGUAUCUACAGGACUUCUUGCAAUAUGUGCGAGCCCACUCUGCUUACUAUCGUGCUCUGUGGAAUGACGUUCCCCAAGGACUCUCUUCGCUCGAGGGAUUACCUUUGACAAAUCUUGACGAUUAUUGGAACGCAGCGAAGGAGAACAGGUUGUUGACCAAAACUCCCUGGGAUGGAAUGAUAGUCAGGACUGGAGGCACAACAUCAGAGCCCAGGGUGGUGUAUCUCGCUCGUGAUGAAAUUGCUGAAACCCUCCCUCAUACUGGCGCUGUCUGGUCAACCUCAUCCGGCAUUCGCCCUGGCGAUCGGAUAGCCAACCUCUUCCAUAUCGGUGGCAUGUACGCUGGUUUUGCCAAAAUGACUCUGGCACUUUCACAUGUUCAUACACCACACAUCCAUCUUCCCAUCUCAGGCAACGAGACCCCCCCGGAGAUGGCGAAUUUCAUGAAAAUGUUUAAUGCUACAGUCGUCUUCAGCAAUGUGUUCACAGUCUGUCGCAUUGUCGACUAUCUGAUAGAAAAAGGGGAGACUAUUGACAGCGUGCGCUUGAUCCUAUUUGCAGGCGAAACUUUCUACAAGGAUCUAAGAGUUUCCUGGACGAAAGCGUUCCCCAAUGUGCAGGUGAGGCCAUUGAUGUAUGGUGCGGCAGACGGUGGCCUCAUAGGCAUACCGGUGAAUGAGCCUGGGGUCCCAGACCUAGACAUCAAGCCCACAUACCAAGUCAGCCAGGAUACGGUCCAACUUGAGAUUCUCACAGAGGACGGUCGUGUCAUCACAGAACCUAGUCAGAAGGGACGAGUGGUGCUGACUGAUUUGAAGCGAAGGCUACAUCCUGUAGUAAGAUACCCGAUGGGCGACUUAGCGCAAUGGAUCGAUUACACAAAAGGGACCUUUGAAUUGUUAGGGCGUGAAUCUGUGGCACUCAAAAUAGGAUCUCUGUUCCUGCCCAUACCUAAACUUCGGUCCUUGGUCAUAAGUGCGCUCGGUGAAGGAUUCCAAGACAGCUUCCAACUACUUGUGCGUCGGGCAGAAGGCAAGAAUGAGGUGACAUUCAGACUUGCCGCACCGCAGCAGAACCCAGAGGCAGCCACCAGGGCUUUGGAGCAAAGUCUGAUUACCGAGUUUCCAAAAUGGGGAGAAUAUCUCAAGAUCGGCUACAUCCAACCUUUGAAGACAGAAUGGGUUAGUAUGAAGGAUCUUGUGGUCGUGGAAAGGAGCGGUAAAUUGAAGGAGAUAAUUGAGGAGCGUUUCGUCAAGGAGCAAGCUGCGGUCAAUGGUGACGCUGCAACGCUCGACACCUUCCCUCAGAACUUGGAGUCUGUGGCACCCCAGAAAAUCAUUGAAGAAGCUCAGCCUCAACCUCAAUCUCAACACCGUGAGCCUCUGAAGCUGUCUGGUGCACUUGAUGGAGUCGAUUAUUUCGAGGUAACGCCAUGUCUUGGCAGAGAGUAUAGGGGUGUUGACCUCGCCGAAUGGAUUAAAGCGCCGAACUCUGACGAACUUUUGAGAGACCUUGCCAUCACAAUUUCUCAACGUGGAGUUGUAUUCUUUCCCCAACAAGAUGGCAUCAAUGAUGAGAAUCAGAAAGAACUCAUGCAGAGACUUGGAGAGCUGUCUGGGAAACCUAUCACUUCACGCCUGCAUAUCCACCCUAUUUAUGCCGAGAGUCAAGAAGCGCGAGCCUUAAAGGGGAAUGACGAUGAGAUUAGUGUCGUUAGCUCGGCUUUCAAAGAGAAAUCGCAGAAGGUGUAUAGUGACUCAAAACAAUCUCAGGCCGCAAACGGUGACAAGAGAGCCACCAAGGUCUAUACUGAUACCAAGAAUGCGCAUCUCUCUGUUUGCAACAAGAAACAAAGCAUGAAAACAGAAUGGCAUUCGGACAACGCCUUUGAAAACUUGCCCGCUGACUACACCAUGCUUCGUCUCACCGAACUUCCGCGGACUGGUGGAGAUACCUUAUGGGCGUCCGGAUAUGAAAUCUACGAUCGCAUUUCGCCACCAUACCAGAAGUUCCUGGAAACACUGACGGCGACAUAUCACUAUGCAGGUCUCGACGUAUUCAAGGCUGUAGCUGCAAAACAUGGAAUGAAGGUCUACACCGAUCCGCGAGGGGCUCCUGAAAAUGUAAGACUCUACUCUGCUUAUGCACCAACGCUUCAUCGCGAGCAUGGCUUUGAGAUGUCAGAACUGAUCGAGGAACGGGCAGCCACUCACCCUAUCGUGAGGACCAAUCCUGUCACAGGCUGGAGAUCCCUUUACGGGAUUGGCCAUCAUCUGAAGCAGAUCAAUGGGCUCACCAAAGACGAGAGCAAGAUGUUGGAAGAUUGGUUCGCCAAAUUACUGUCGGAAAACCAUGACUUGCAGCUGAGGCACCGGUGGGAGCAUGUGAAUGAUAUGGCGAUCUGGGACAACAGGAGCAUGUAUCAUGCAGCGACACCAGAUCAUCAGGGUUGGGGACAUAGGACUGGUCACCGGGCUGUCAGUACCGGCGAGCGACCGUAUUUCGACCCGGAGAGCAAGUCCAGGAGGGAAGCAAUGGGGUUAGCGUUGUGA